UAAAGAAGAGAAGUUAAUGGAAAGAUAAUCAGAAAGAAAGUCCACAUCAACAACCAUUCUCUGUUUAACCUCACUUCAAAUUCUAUUCACGCAACUACCGAUACAUUCUCUUUUAACUUCUAUUCACGCAUCCAAUUCAAUCCCUCUAAUUUGACUCCAAUUCUAUGUCUCCAAGGACAAGUUCGCCGGUUGGUUCGGUUCGGAGAAAUAAGCCGCGGCAACCGUUGCCGUCGCCCCGUCGCCGGACGAACAACAAGCCGAAGCCUGUCAAGGUCUUGAAGCGCUGCUCAUCGGCGCCUCUGCUUACACGACGAGAAAACGGCGAUGCUCACGGCCAUUAUUGGAAUAGUGGAACGUUUUUCCGACCUAAAACGUUUUCUGACGCCUUUCUCUCUUCCCCUUCUCCCCUUUCCUCUCCGCGGAUUCACACUAAACAGAUAAUAAAGGGGUACGACAAAGAGGCUAAGGUGGUAGUUAAUGUGACCGUUGAGGGAAGUCCAGGGCCAGUUCGAGCCAUGGUUAAACUGGGUUCCAGUGUGGACGACACAAUCAAGCUUGUGGUAGAUAAAUAUAGAGAAGAAGGAAGGAGCCCCAAUAUCAAUCCUAGUAUGACAUCUUCAUUCGAAUUGCAUCACUCUCAUUUCAGUCUCCAGAGUUUGGAUAAAUCAGAAGUGAUUGCGGAUGUGGGUAGUAGAAGUUUUUAUCUGCGGAAGAAUAGCGAUGCUUCUUCUAUUUUGAGUUCAUUUCAUUCGGGAAGUGCUCCCCUAUUAGUGAGUCGUGCCUCUACUCCAUCCCUACCAAAUCCUCCUUCAUUCUUCAUCCCUUCUUUCUUUGCCCGCAAGAUUAGCAAAAUUGUAAGAAGAGCUCAGCGUCUUUGGAACAUUGUUGUUUGCUCCCAGUGAGGACGCUCACAAAUCUCUUCAAUCAAUGAUGGGGAAAAGCAACAACUUUUAUUAUGUUGCCUUUCAACCUUUCAUUACCUUUACCAUUUUUUAGAUUUUCGAUUUUUUUAGACGUAAUCAUUUUUCUCACAUAUCAAUGAUUGAAAUAUAAUAAUUUCUCAUGUAAUUUACAGUGAUGAUUAUUAUUGUGAAUGAUAAGAGAUGUGUAAGAUACUUUGCAAAAUUUAUAGAAGAUUUAUUGUUUAAAAA